AUGCCUGCCAUCAGCAACUCCAUUGUUGUCCGCGACGCCGUUUCGCACCUCGCCAAGCGCAGCAACUGGGCUGCUCGUGAGCCCGGUGUCGUCCUUGUCUUCUGUAUCGUCUUCAUUGUUGGCUGCCUCCUCAUCGCCCUUUGGAUCCACAAGUUCAUCAAGGCCCGCCGCGAGAGGCGAGCUCAAGGAGGGAGUCAGGAGAUGAUGGCGGACAGACAUACGAUUUAG